UGUUGUGCUACAUGUCUUUGGCUUGUGUGUGGACGGUGGGCAGGCAUCAUGGAUCAGGUAAUGCAGUUUGUUGAGCCAAGUUGGCAGUUUGUGAAGGACUCAGUUCGGCUGGUUAAAAGAUGCACCAAACCUGAUAGAAAAGAAUUCCAGAAGAUUGCCAUGGCAACAGCAAUAGGAUUUGCUAUAAUGGGAUUCACUGGCUUUUUUGUGAAAUUGAUCCGUAUUCCUAUUAAUAACAUCAUUGUUGGUGGCUGAAUAUCUUUUAGAAAAGUGUUUUUCAUCUUGGGGAUUGGUGAACAAGUAAGGAUUUGAGACACUCAUGGAGUAAAAAUUUGCCUAUAUGUUUUGUGUUUUUCUUUCAUUUUUUUUCUUCCAAGAUGUUUUCUAUUUGUAAAUUAAAAUAAUUUCAAAAU